AUGUCUGUAGGAUAUCGCAGCCUCUGCUCCCCGCAUGCCAAGUACCUUGGCUGCCUGCGUACAAAUCAGACCGAUACUAAUACGAGUCAAACGCGACAUACACACACACUCCAAAACACCAGCUUUGUCAUGACUUCUCCCAAGUUCUUCACCUACUCUGGCUUCGGCCAAAAGCUCAGCGAUGACGCCAACUAUUCGCAAUCAGUUCGGAUCGGUAACGAGAUCAAGACGUCUGGACAGGGCGGCUGGGACACCCAGACGGGCAAGAUCAGUGAAAAGUACGAGGAGGAGCUUGACCAGGCCUUUACGAACCUGGACGUGGCCCUCAAAGACGCCGGCGGCAAGGGACUCGAGCAGGUCUACAAGGUCAACAUGUACUUGACGCUUGAGAUGACGGAGGAGGUGUUUGGGCAGACCGCGGCCGUCAUAAAGAACCGUUUCCCCAACCACCGGCCGCUUUUGACGGUGGUUGGGGUCACGACAUUGGCGUUCCCGGAGAUGCAUGUCGAGAUUGAGGUUUCGGCAUAUGAUCCUCAAUAA